AUGACAUGUCAUGGGAAGCUUCCUACUAAAGAGAGAUUGAAGAGAUUUCAUAUCUUAAAUGAUGAAAUUUGUAGUCUUUGCAAUUUGGAGAUUGAAAUUGUUGAGCACUUGUUCUUUAAGUGCAGGAUAGCUAGUGACAUUUGGAAAGGAAUUCUGCAAUGGCUGGAUGUUGUUCAUCAACCGAAUGGUUGGGAGGAAGAGCUGGACUGGGUGUUAAAGUCAUCGAGGAAGAAAGGUUGGAGAGCUAGAGUGCUGAAGUUAGCUUUUGCUGAAAAUAUUUAUGGUGUCAGGCAGCAUAGGAAUGAUAUUGUUUUUGGAAAGGAUACAUCUAGAAACACCAUUAAUAGCAUUAUAGAUUGUAUAGUUUAUAGAGGAUGGCAAUCCAAAAGGAUUAGCCCAUAUAUAGCCUCAUUGAUGUUAUAUAUUUGUUAG